CCCAAACCCUGCGAAGCAAACGCGUUACUCGAUUUGGUCAUUCUCCCUCCCCCUCAAAAGCAUCAUUCCUCUUUGGGCAUUCGUCUUCACGUCCCCCAGACUCCUUCCUUUCCUCUCUUAUACCAUUCUCGUCAUUCACACUUCUUCUUUUUCUCCAUUCUAAUCUCCCCCUAGUCUCAUCAUGGCCGACAUCACUGCCGUCGGUGAGGAGAACCCUUCUCCUACUCAGGACGACCUGCAGCAGGCCGCCGGUAACGGCGCCGCUGACAACCGCGGCACCAAGCGCUCUCGCAUGAGCGCCGACGACGACGACGAUGAUGAUGACAAGCCCGGUCGCGAGCGCAGAAAGAUUGAGAUCAAAUUCAUUCAGGAUAAGUCGCGUCGCCACAUCACCUUCUCCAAGCGGAAGGCGGGUAUCAUGAAGAAGGCCUACGAACUCUCUGUUCUCACAGGUACUCAAGUACUCCUGCUGGUCGUUUCCGAGACCGGUCUCGUCUAUACUUUCACCACCCCGAAGCUUCAACCGCUGGUGACCAAGGCUGAGGGCAAGAACCUCAUUCAGGCCUGUCUGAAUGCACCUGACCCCACUACCAACGAGAAUGGCGUUGAUGCGCCCGAGGUGCCGGCUGAGACGCCAGAGGAUGUUAGCCACAGCAAUGUCAACCCCCAACAGUCGAAUAUUCCCCGUCCCGCCGGUAUGCACCCCGGCUACAUGACGAACGAACAACAGCAGCAGAUGGCCUACUACCAGGGCCUUCAGCAGCAACAGCAGGCAGGAGGACAGUAUCCUGGCAUGCCUGUGGGUAACCGGAUGCCCCCCCAGCACCAGCCCACGGCGUAAGCGGUGGCUAUGUGUCUUCAUGCCCCGCGUUUUCAAGCACCUGAGGGGCCCAGGCAGUUGUUCGCAUCCUUGUCAACUCCAGCGCGUGCAGCUUUCUCCUCUACGGCCUUCCUUUGAUACCCAACGAUUUGUUUCCAGACAUAAUUCAUACUAUUAA